CGCGGACGACCACGAGAGCUGAACGUGUAAACAGGACAGUGGCGGGAGCAGCAGCAGCACUUGCAGAGAUCAGUGGGCGAGGGAGAGAGGGAGACAGGAAGCUGUCACCAGGUAAGGAAACUGUGACACAAAGGAUGGGCAAAAAAAGAGACAGAGAGCGAGUGAGAGGAAGAGUCACACCUUGAGGAAGUUAACAACACAAGAAGAAGUAGAACAAAAAAAGGCGUCAUAUUGAAGAAUGGGACUCGUGCAAUACCUUGUGAUGGUCCUGACGUUGUCUGCACAGUUGGUGUUCACCUCUCCGCUGGUAACAACAUCCUUCAUGUGCCAUAAUUAUUGUACACGAUUACAGAAAACCACAGGGCUGUUUGCCUUUCCAGUGUAGAGAAGACUUGUACCAUCAAUGGCAACAAGUGCAAAAUGUGCCCUGCAGGUAAGUUUCAGAAGUCUUGCACAGAGUGUCUGCCCUGUCCUGCUGGAAGUUUCACACCUGACUGGAACUGUGAAGACAGCUGCCAUCGCUGCUUCGGAGACUGCAGACCAAGUUAUCAUCUGAAGGUGGUUCAGAACUGCACCAGCACAACCAAUAUCAAGUGCGUCUGUGAGUCCGGAUUCAUAUGCAAGGAUAUGGUUCGAUUGGACACUGAAAACUGCGCGUUCUGUGACAAGAUCCAGCAAACAACCACAACCGCAACAGCUGUGCUCAACUCAGGAAAUGAUAAGCAGACGCCUUCCUCUAUUUCCUCAGGAUGUAGCAGAGCGUCUGCCAAACCCUUCCAAUUAUCCAAAUGUGGCCAGUCAGUCCCACCAACACCCAGCGCAGAUGUGAUGGGCAGUCAGCUGGCAGCCAUCUUGUGUCCAGUGGUUGUUGUGGGAUGUGUGGCCCUUGUGAUCCUGUUCUGCGUCCGUCAACCAGGAGAUGAGACGUGUUUCAAGCGAGCUUUUGCGAAGCUACGUCAUGAGGGAAGACGAGCUUCCUCUUCUUCUUCUUACAAGUCAAAGGAGUCAAGUCAUCAGUUCCCCAGAGAGUCUUUCAGUGCAAAGCAGCAGCCACCAUCGCUUGCAGCAGCCAAUCUGGGUCCAGUCCAUGUGCACAAUCCAGGGACAGUCAUCUUCAGCUUGCUCAGCCAGUUUACAGGGCAGGUUGGUGCAACAAUUGUAGGUGGGAAGACGGCUGAGAGAGUGGGCACUGAAGAAGAUGACGAAAGAGACUCUCCCGUGUGUCAUCCCGCGACCUCUCCCAGUGUUCAUCUGUCUGAGGAGGAGAGGAGCGGAGAGAUCGACAGCAUUUUCUUCCCUUCCCAAGAGCAGGGGAAGGACUGCCACAUGUCCAAAGAGGAGGAGCUAUGAUAUAUCGAACAAUUCCCAGAGGAUUGGUGUUGAUGGUUGUGACCAUGACUCUAAGCACGUUCAUUUAAAGGAAGGAAUUAUAAGAAUAAAACUACGGAUGCCUGUGGAGCUCAUCUCAUCAUCCUUUGAUGGACUGUGAAGGGAUUAUACAUUGCUCUACAGUGACAUUAUUUCCUGCAGGCUCUGGGAAAACUUGCGGUUGGUACGCAGCAGAAACUGACAAACAGCUGGAAGCUCGAAGUUAUAAUUCAAGAAAAAUACUUUAUGAUAAGCUCUUUCAUAUCUCUCUCCAUUAUUGGUAUUAGAUCUGGGUGUUUCAUCAUUAGGCAUUUUAAUUUCAAUAAAAUUGUAUUUUGACUAUA